GCGGUUACUAUGGCGGAGUCGGCCAGAGCCUCCUCCUUCUUCCCCCUUGUCGUUCUCCUGCUUGCCGGCAGCGGCGGGUCCGGGCCCCGGGGAAUCCAGGAUGGAUCUGGGAGAGACAUCAGGAUUGUAUUCGCUCCCGAUGUACAAAGCCUGGGCUAUGACUUCUCAGCAGCCCCUAACCUUCCAGCUAUGGGAGAUCAAGUGUGUGUUCUGUGGCUCUCCUCUCCACUAAAAAUAAUGAUUCUCAGCUCUGCAGUGUGCGUGUACCAGCUGCCUCCAGGCCAACUACACGUGUGAGACAGAUGGGGCCUGCAUGGUUUCCAUUUUCAACCUGGAUGGCAUGGAGCACCACGUGCGCACCUGCAUCCCCAAAGUGGAGCUGGUCCCUGCCGGGAAGCCCUUCUACUGCCUGAGCUCUGAGGACCUCCGCAACACCCACUGCUGCUAUACUGACUUCUGCAACAAGAUCGACCUGCGGGUGCCCAGUGGUCACCUCAAGGAGUCUGAGCACCCUUCCAUGUGGGGCCCUGUGGAGCUGGUGGGCAUUAUUGCUGGCCCAGUGUUCCUCCUGUUUCUCAUCAUCAUCAUUGUUUUCCUUGUCAUUAACUAUCAUCAGCGUGUCUAUCACAACCGCCAGAGACUGGACAUGGAAGAUCCCUCGUGUGAGAUGUGUCUCUCCAAAGACAAGACGCUCCAGGAUCUUGUCUACGAUCUCUCCACAUCAGGGUCUGGCUCAGGGUUGCCCCUUUUUGUCCAGCGCACAGUGGCCCGAACCAUCGUUUUGCAGGAGAUUAUUGGCAAGGGCCGGUUUGGGGAAGUGUGGCGUGGCCGCUGGAGGGGUGGUGAUGUGGCUGUGAAGAUUUUCUCUUCUCGUGAAGAACGGUCUUGGUUCCGGGAAGCAGAGAUAUACCAAACGGUCAUGCUGCGCCACGAAAACAUCCUUGGAUUUAUUGCUGCUGACAAUAAAGAUAAUGGCACCUGGACACAGCUGUGGCUCGUCUCAGACUAUCAUGAGCAUGGCUCCCUGUUUGAUUAUCUAAACCGAUACACGGUGACCAUCGAGGGGAUGAUUAAGCUGGCCUUGUCUGCAGCUAGCGGGCUGGCACACCUGCACAUGGAGAUUGUGGGCACCCAAGGGAAGCCUGGAAUUGCUCACCGAGACUUAAAAUCAAAGAACAUCCUGGUGAAGAAAAAUGGCAUGUGCGCCAUCGCAGACCUGGGCCUGGCUGUCCGCCAUGAUGCGGUCACGGACACCAUCGACAUCGCCCCAAAUCAGAGGGUGGGGACCAAACGAUACAUGGCCCCCGAAGUGCUCGAUGAAACCAUUAACAUGAAGCACUUCGACUCCUUCAAAUGUGCUGAUAUUUAUGCCCUCGGGCUUGUGUAUUGGGAGAUUGCUCGGAGAUGCAAUUCUGGAGGAGUCCAUGAAGAAUAUCAGCUGCCGUAUUAUGACCUAGUGCCCUCUGACCCUUCCAUUGAGGAAAUGCGAAAGGUCGUAUGUGACCAGAAGCUCCGUCCCAACAUCCCCAAUUGGUGGCAGAGUUAUGAGGCUCUACGGGUGAUGGGGAAAAUGAUGCGGGAGUGCUGGUACGCCAAUGGCGCGGCCCGCCUGACCGCUCUGCGCAUUAAGAAGACCCUCUCACAGCUCAGCGUGCAGGAAGAUGUGAAGAUCUAAGCCUCUCCCUCCCCUGCACGCAGCCUGGGCAGUGGGAACUACACGCAGAGCUGCCGCAUUGAGCGUACGAUGGAGGCCUACCUCUCGUUUCUGCCCAGCCCUCUGUGGCCAGGAGUCCUGGCCCGAAAGAGGGACCGAGCCCGGGAGACUCCCUCACUCCCAUGUUGGGUUUGAGACACAGACACCUUUUAUAUUUACCUCCUAACGGCACGGAGACUCUGAGAGCGAAGGGUGCGGAGAACUCGAUGCCACAACUCGAGCCGGCUGUGGUGGGAAGUCCCGCAACCCCGGUGCGCUGGCUGGUGGCCUGGACGGCCUGGACGAAGCCGAGUGUCGUCAGGGCGCCAGUGCCGUGCAGCGCUGAGGGUUUUCCUCCAGGGACCAACCCCAGCACUCCAAGGUGGCCUAGAGGCACCAAGAGGACAGCGCCCUCUCACAGGCAGCUCUGGGCCCCAGGCUCCCCUCCUCCCUCCUGCGGACAUCUGGAGGGCCCGCCAGUGGAGACAGAAUCUGCUGCCUGUCUGUCCAGCCGUGUGUGUGUGCAUGUGCCGAGGUGCGUCCCCUGUUGUGCCUGGUCCGUGCCACGCUCUUACACAUAUGUGUGUGUGUAUGUGUGUGUCUGUAGGUGCGCACUUACCUGCUUGAGCUUUCUGUGCAUGUGCAGGUCGGGGGUGUGGUUGUCAUGCCGUCUCUGCGUGCUGGUGCCUCUGUUCGGUAGUGAGCAGCGUCUGGUUUCCCUGGUGCCCUUCCCAGAGGUCUUACUCCCAGCCCUUCCCCACCCCAGGACCCCCAUGCCGUGGUGGGGCUCCCUGCCCAGCAGGCUGCCCCACCCACCCCAUGUCAACACCUUCACUUCAGACUGUGGAACCAAAGCUGGCCCAGUUGUCCAUGUCAGGCGAGGCUUUUGGGUCCAAAUGUGAGGCGUGGGGGUGGGCGGGGAAAGAAUCUUGGCCGAAGUCUCAGGCGGUGC